AUGAGUACCAACUGGGGCGCCUCCGGCACAGGCCAAGUAACACCAACCUCCCACUCAACCCCCAACGCCACCCUCGACCCCAGCAAAGUCACCCUCCCCACCCCCUUCACCGUCUGCAUAAUCGGCGCCUCAAGAGGAAUCGGCGCGGGCAUCGCCACCUCCUACGCCAAAGCCGGCGCAACAGCCCUCAUCCUCGCCUCCCGCCGCAUCUCGGGCCUCGAAGAAACCGCCGCCGAAUGCAAACGCAUAAACCCUGAGAUCGAAAUCGAAAUCAUCCCCUGCGGCAUCACUUCCGCCGAAUCCGUCUCGUCCCUCGCAGACAAGACCUGGGCCCGCUUCGGCCGCCUCGACGUCGUCGCCGUCAACUCGGGCUACUCCGGCCCCGUAGUCCUCAAAGUGACCGAAACCGACCCCACGACCUUCCAAACCGCCACAAACGUAAACUACAUCGGAACCUUCCUCUGCGCCAAAUACCUCAUCCCACACCUCCUCGCGACCCCCAACGGCGCCAAGGCCUUCAUCGGCGUCUCGAGCAUGGCGUCCUUGAUCGUGCGCGGCCCGAUUGCGAACUCGCAGUACUGCGUGAGCAAACUGUCGCAGCUGAAACUGCUCGAGCAUAUCCACGAGGAGUUUGUCGAGCAGGGGCUGGCGUCGUUCGCGGUGCAUCCCGGGGCGGUGCUGAGUGAGAUGGCGGACGAGUCGGCGCCGGAGGAGUUCAGGCCGUAUUUGACGGAUUCGCCGGAUCUUUGCGGGGCGUUUUGUGUGUGGUUGACGAAGGAGGGGGAUCGGAGGUUUUGGUUGAGUGGGCGGUUGGUGAGUGCCAAGUGGGAUGCGGAUGAGUUGGAGGCGAAGAAGGGGGAGAUUGUGGAGAAGGAUUUGCUGAAGACGGGGUUGAGGUUGUGA